CAUUGCAGCCCAGGUGCCGGAGAGAGGAAGCCACCUGGCAGCGGGCACGAAGCACCUGGCUCUGCACCCCAUCUCCCAGCCCGGCAGGGACGCGCCGAGCCCCUGGCACUCGCACAGGAAGAUGAAGACUGCAAUGUCACUGCUAGGAAGCCAAGGCAUCUUCUCAGUCACAGAAAUUCUUAUUUUCUUGGCUGUCUUUCUCCUGAUGUUCACUGUCAUUAGAUCCUUCCAGCAACAGAUCCCUUAUGGGCUGAAGAGACUUCCUGAACCAAGGGGAUACCCUCUGAUAGGCAAUGUGUUGGAGCUAGGAAGGAACCCACACCUGUCACUGACUCAGAUGAGCCAGAAGUAUGGAGACGUGAUGCAGAUACGAAUUGGCACUAGACCAGUGCUGGUCCUGAGUGGGUUGAACACCAUCAGACAAGCCCUAGUGAAGCAAGCAGAAGACUUCAUGGGACGCCCCGAUCUCUGCAGCUUUCGCCACAUUGGGAAUGGCCAGAGUUUAGCAUUCAGCCCUGAUUCAGGGGAGGUGUGGAGAGCCCGCAGGAAGGUAGCCCAGAAUGCCCUGAAGACCUUCUCAGUCUCGCCCAGCCCCACUGCCUCCUCUACCUGCCUCUUAGAAGAACAUGUCUUCAAAGAAGCUGAGUACCUAAUCACAAAGUUACUGCAACAGAUGAAAGAGAAAAAGAGCUUUGAUGCCUACCGGUACACGGUGAUCUCUGUGGCCAAUGUCAUCUGUGGCAUGUGUUUUGGCAAGCGUUACACCCAUGAUGACCAGGAGUUAUUAAGUCUGGUCAACCUCAGCAACGAGUUUGGGGAUGUGGCUGCCUCUGGGAACCCAGCAGAUUUCAUCCCCAUACUCCAGUAUUUCCCGAGCCGUACCAUGAAGAUCUUCAAGGAUCUCAAUAAGAGGUUCAGUUCUUUUGUGCAUAAGAUUGUUAAGGAACAUUACACUACCUUUGAUAAGAGCCACAUCCGUGAUAUCACUGACUCUUUGAUUGAACACUGUCAGGAUAAAAAAAUGGAUGUGAAUGCCAACAUUCAGCUCCCUGAGGAAAAGAUUGUCAACCUUGUCAAUGAUCUUUUUGGAGCUGGUUUUGAUACUGUGACAACUGCCCUGUCCUGGAGUCUUGUGUACAUUGUAACAUAUCCAGACAUUCAGAAGAAGAUUCAGAAUGAACUGGAUCAGACCAUUGGCAGAGAGAGGAGACCCAGGCUGUCAGACCGACUCAUGCUGCCAUAUACCGAGGCCUUUAUAUUGGAGACGUUCAGGCAUUCUUCCUUUAUGCCCUUCACGAUUCCUCACUGCACAACUAAAGACACAUCAUUGAAUGGCUACUACAUCCCUAAAAACCUCUGUGUAUUCAUCAACCAAUGGCAAGUCAACCAUGAUGAAACACUUUGGAAAGAGCCAUCUGCUUUCAACCCAGAGCGUUUCCUCAAUGCUGAAGGGACAGAAAUUAACAGGGUGGAGAGUGACAAAGUGAUGAUAUUUGGCUUGGGGAAGAGGAGGUGUAUUGGUGAGCCCAUUGCCAGGUGGGAGAUGUUCCUCUUCUUGGCCACACUGCUCCAGCAACUGGAGUUCAGCGUAUGUGAUGGACAGAAGGUAGACAUAACACCUCAAUAUGGACUGACCAUGAAAAACGAGACGUAUGAGUACUUCCAGAUUAAGCAGCGUUUCCCAAAUAAGAGCUUUGAGUGAGCUGCACUUCCUCACUGCUGGGACAUGAAAGGGGACAUACCAUUUUACAAUAUGGAGUUUGCCUUCUGGAAUCACCAAGACCGUUUGGGGGCUGACCUCUUCUCUACAGGAAAGCAAUAUGGAAUAAACGGGGGCUAUCUUUCUGUGCUCGUUCACUGGAGGCUUGUUCAUAUCUAAUGUUUUUUCUGAGAGCUCAUGCAUAACAGCAGAUAAAGACUAUUGUUGAUGACUCAAGGGCUGGCAAAUCCUGCCUAGUAUGCCCUGAGGAGCUUGCCUUGUACUGACUUCUCAUACCUCAAUUAACUAACUUCAUUACUGUUACCCAGUAUAAUCUUUGUUGUGUUUAUGAAGUCCUUUGAUCAUAACUGCUGGUCUUGUGGGAGGUCUUAAUAGUGGGUAGUGUUUCAACGUCCCAGAUAAUACCAUUGUCAUGAUUGGUAGCCUUAAUGUGUGCCUUAGUCUGGAAUAAGCAAUAAUAGUAGCUGUCACACUGAAGUACCAGGGAUUGUCUCUGAAAUGUAACCAAUUGGCUACUGCUGUGCAAGUUCUUUUAUUCAUAAUCAAAUUGGAUAUGUGGCAUAUGAGAACAGCUAUCAAGUAUGUAUCAACUCAUUUUGCCUCAAGUUUUUGAGGCAAAACUUUAACCAGCUUUCCCACAAAUAGUUGCAUGAGUCUGAAACGAUGAGGAGUUUGCAAACUCGUUUUGCUUUUAACUCCACAUGCUAUGUGGAAAUUCACUUUUUGUGCUCUGUCAGUGCAACUUGUCGUGUGAAAUUCUAUGUUUGACGACUUCUCAGUGAAGCAGAGGUAAAUAUCCACUGGUGUGCGGUUAGCCUAGUUGCAUGGUGCUGCUUCUUCCUGAAGUAGUUAUCUUGAGCAUGAUCAUUCAUUGAACUGACUUGUGAAUGAAUUGCCAGUUGUCAUUAAUAGAACUGAGUUAUCUGGAUACUUGUAAACAACAAUGCUGUUAGUCCACAGCAAACAUCUUGGUGCUGUUGUUCAUGAAUUUGGGAUAUUUUUACUAAUUACAGGUAACUCUAUUCAUUAAACAAUAAGCCUUAUGAAAAUCACAAGUCCAAAGUGAUGACAAUAAAGGGAAAAUGGCAAUAAGAAGGAAAAUAAAGGACUACUUGCCUUCCAUCUACAUAUUGCUGCCUUUUUUUAACGGUUUUAAAGAGAACUAGCAAUAGAGAUGUAUGUAUUCAGACUAGUAAAGGUAAAGAUUGUAGGAAUGCAAAUAUUGUAGCUAUGUUUUAACUAUAAAUGAACAUAUACUGCUUGCUUAUUUUGUACUGUGUGCAAUGCCAUAUGUACGAAACAUUUUCAUAUAGUCUCUAAGGACUACAUGUGGAAAAAUCUGAGAUAAUAAACCCUAAUAAAAAAUAAGAGAUGCUUCUGA